AUGUGGUGGUCCCGGCCUAUUCGACGUACCUUCUCCUCCACAGCAUCGUGUCCAAAACAAACUCGACAACGACGACCUCCAUGGUAUCUGGUUCUUGGUGGUGGUGCUGCAACAGUGUAUCUUGGUUGCCGUGCAUGGCAGUGGCAUGUUGAAAACGACAAGCGAUUGGCUCCCGAGCGAUACGUGGGCCUUGAUCUGGUUGAUCGUCAACAGUUGAACCACAAUGCUUUCCGUCUACGACUCGCCACCGAUCGUCAACAGCACGAGACAUUCCCAGUAUUAUCAUGUUUGUAUGUCAAGGACGACAGCGUUCAGGUCAUGCGUGCUUAUACACCCAUCAAUGACCCUUUCAAGGAUGGCCAUGUGGACUUGCUUGUCAAGCGAUAUGAACAAGGUUCUAUCUCACGUAUGUUGUCAAGGACGCCUGUGGGUGACAAGGUGUAUGUACGAGGACCCAUGCUUGAAUAUGAUUAUCAGCCGAAUAGCAAGGAUGAGAUUGGCAUGAUUGCAGGCGGUACCGGCAUUACACCUAUGUAUCAACUUAUUCGACGUGUGCUUGAGGAUCCUGAGGAUAAGACAAAGCGAUUGUGGCUCAUCUAUUGCAACAAGACACAAGAGGACAUUCUCUUAAAGAAGGAAUUGGAUGCUCUACAAGCACAACAUCGUGAUCGACUCGAGGUUCUUUACGUAUUGGAACAACCACCCAAUGAUCAAUGGGAGAAGGGAUAUGUCACUCAAGAUAGGGUCCAACGCAUGCUCAAAUUUGACAACCGCUUCAUCUUUGUAUGUGGCCCGGAUGGAAUGCUUGCUCAUGUUUCGGGUCAACGUGCACGCGACUUUUCUCAAGGCCCUGUCACUGGCAUACUAGGUCGUAUGGGAUUCAAGUCAAGCGAGGUCUGGAAAUUAGAAUAG